AUAACAACGAGUGCACGCUUUUCAAACUAUAUGAUGACAUGAUUGAAAAUGCCUUUCUCGCCGCUUGAACUGCUUGAUGAAGACUAUUCAGAACUUUUUCCAGCAACAGUUUUGAAGCCAAAUGAGAAAGUUGACAGUAAAGAAGGAAAAGUCAAUCGACAUGAAGAGAAUGUUCCUCAAAUUCAUGUAACUGACAAACUAUUUUCCGAUAACUGGAGUUAUAAAGAGGGGUCGAACAUUUCCUCGCCGGUUGUUCAAAUGACUUCUGAAGAUGGAAAUGAACAACUGAGUUCUCCAGAUGAUUCAAAGACGUGUGAAAAUAACCAAACAACCGACGAUGAACAUCUAAACGUGGAAUGCUUUGGAAUAGAAAAUAGUGACAAGAAGUUAAGUGAGAAGAGUGAAAAACUAAACAGUAAUUCACAACAUAAAUUAUUUCAUCGGACAAAUGAAACAAGUAUUGCACCGACAAGUAUUAAUAAUCUGAAAGAGAGUAGUAUUACAUUCAAUGAAACUGAAGAAAAGGAAAAUGAUAAGGCAAGACUAUCUGACAAUAUAGAACCUGUUAUAAAACCCACUAUACGUACUAGAAGACAUAAUCCUAGUUCAAACCAACCAACAACUUAUGAUAUUACUUUGACUGACCAAAAUGAUCAAUCACUUAUUAAUACACUGGUGAUUACUUCGAAAGAACAACAAAAUAUAAUUAAUAAUAAUAAUAAUACACAAACCACUGAUAUAAUUAUAAAAUCAACUUGUCAAUCGAAUAAUAGUCUAAAAUCAUCACCAAGAUUAUCAUCAAUUAAACGAUCAACUAGUUUAUAUCAUUUAACUAAUCAAAAAGUAUCCAACAAAUCUACACAUCAUAAAUAUCAAAAAAAUACUAAUGAAUAUCCAUUGAAUGCAGUUGUUCUACGUGAUUUAGCUUAUCAAUCUUGGAGAAAUCGUUUAGUUAAAAGUGCACGUAUUGAACGUAUGUCAAAUUUACGUAAUGAAAUUGAUGAAACAAAAAAGGAGAAAGAGAAAUUGGAAAGAGUGAAAUCAAAUGAAAUGUGUUUUCAAGCAUGGAAGCAAAGUAAACAUCAACUUUUAAUUGAUGCAAUUAAAAAACGUAAAGCAGAAGAAUCGGCACAGAAAAAGAAGCUUGGAGAAGAACAGGAACGUAAACUGAACUCCGAAAAAGCAUUCAAUGCAUGGAAAGCACAUAAAGAUGAAUCAAUCAUUAAACAACAUCGUGAAAAUUUAUCUAAACAAAAACAUGAACAACAAUCCAAAGAAACAGAACAAAAUGAAAAACAAUAUUUAAAUCAACAAGCAUUUGAAGAUUGCUUCACAUGUUCAACGAAUUCAAACGUUUAUCGUGUUCAUUCUUCACAACCAGUGAAAGCCAAAAAAGAUGCUGCAUUAAAACAAAGCCUACAAAGCAAAAGAAAACUUCAAAGUGAAAAAGAAAAACAACUAGAAGAAGCUAAUCGUAUUAAAAUGGAACAAGCAGCUGAAGCUUAUCAUCAAUGGGAAUUAAAAAAGGUUGCAUCAUUAGAAAAUCUUGUUGUCAGCAUCGACCAUUCAAAUAAACCAAACAGAAGACCAUGGAGGCCUCCAUCGAAGACAAUCCCUCCAACUCACUCAUAUAGAAUGUAUUGAAAAUAAGCGUUCCGUUACCACUUGUUAAUUUUGCACUUCAUGUGUAUAUACAUAAUUACCUAAGUGAAAAGAAUUCAUUUUCGAAUUAGUCUAAAAAAGAUCAUUACUACAACUCUGUUGCUACUUCCCGUUUGUUUUCCUGUUUAAAACCUUGUACUCUUCCAAUUUUAUUUUACCAUGAUGUUAACUAAUUCAAACCGAUUGGGAAGUUAUUAUAUUUUCUAAAACAAAAUCAGUACACAAUAUUUUGCAUGAAUUAUUGCUGUAUUAAAUGACAUGAUUUCUUUCCUUUCGAAAUAUAUUCAUUCACAUACUACUUGUUGAAUAUUGUCAUGAGUAGUUUUAAUAGUGUUUAACCAUAUUUUGUAUAAAAACAAAACAAAAUAAUAACAGUAAAUGUAAUACUUACAGGUGUAAAUAAACAUACCAUUAAAUACAAUUAUUUUGCUCAACAAUU